AUGUUUAAUUUCACCCCCCUUCUCGGCGCGCAAUCUACGUCCGCGGCAUCACAAUCGCUCCUAGAGCUGGACGGAGGAAUCAAAAUACUUGUGGACGUGGGAUGGGACGAGAGCUUUGAUGCGGAGAAGCUUAAGGAGCUUGAAAGGCAGAUUCCUACUCUGUCAAUUAUCCUCCUAACGCACGCGACCACGGCGCAUCUGGGCGCUUUCGUUCAUUGUUGCAAGCAUUUCCCACUGUUCAAGCGCAUCCCGAUCUACGCUACAACCCCCGUCAUCUCUUUGGGUCGCACAUUGCUGCAAGACGUCUACUCCUCCACUCCGCUGGCAGCCUCGAUCAUCCCGGAGGCCGCUCUAUCAGAAUCGGCAUAUUCUUGUCCUUCGGCGCGAACCGGAGGCGUUCCGAAUAUAUUGCUGCAACCACCUACUGCCGACGAAAUCGCUAAAUACUUCUCUCUGAUCAAUCCGCUGAAAUAUUCUCAAUCACACCAACCUCUGCCAUCACCAUUCUCGCCGCCCCUCAAUGGCCUCACGGUUACCGCGUAUGGUGCCGGACAUACGCUAGGUGGGACAAUAUGGCACAUACAGCAUGGUUUGGAGUCGAUUGUCUAUUCCGUAGAUUGGAAUCAGAGCAGGGAAAACGUCUUCCCUGGAGCGGAGUGGCUCAGCGAGACAGGAGCAGAGGUCAAGGAGCAGCUGAGACGGCCAACAGCACUGGUCUGCAGCAGCAAAGGUGCUGAACGUGUCGCUCCGCCGGGGGGCAGGAAGAGAAGAGACGACACGCUGUUGAGCAUGAUCAGAGACACCGUGUCAAACGGAGGAACUGUUCUGAUUCCCACAGACUCGAGUGCGCGUGUGCUUGAGCUCGCAUACUUGCUCGAAAAUGCUUGGCAAGCGGCACAUACUGGUGACGGACUCGAAGCUCUUAAGGAAUCCAAACUGUACCUUGCCGGUAGGACUGGUGGAGCCACUAUGCGAUAUGUGCGUAGCAUGCUGGAGUGGAUGAACGAAUCAAUCGUCCGCGAUUUCGAAACAGCGAGUGGUGCUCAAGGCUCCCAGGGCCACAGGCGCACCAGAAGUAGAGGAGGUGCUGCCGAUGGCGAACGGAGUGGGAAGGAUCAAUCGAAGUCGGUUAAUGCACCCUUCGACUUCAAGCAUUUGAAGCUCCUUGAGCGCAAGUCUCAACUUCGCCGAAUGUUGUCCCAGACGUCGCCACGCGUAAUAUUGGCCAGCGACUCUUCGCUUGAAUGGGGCUUCUCAAAAGACGCAAUACUGAUGGUUGCGAAAGACAGACGUAAUCUCAUAGUACUGACCGAGCGUCCAUCUAGGCCUCAUCAAAGGAGAGAUGGCCUUGCUGGGUCACUAUUCGAAAUAUACAAGGGGAAAGCAGGUACAGGGGCGAACCUGGAGACCGACACUGCAACAGUCGUCGACAUGGAGGGCAGGGACUUGGCGGUCGAGCUAGUCGAAACAGCUGCGCUUGCUGGCAACGAGGUUCCGCUCUACCAGCAGUACUUGGCAAGGCAACGACAGCUUCACAACACUAUGCAGCCAGGUCAGGGAGCUUCGCUAGAGACGUCCGCUGAUGUUGUCGACGACCGCUCUUCCACCACAUCGACGACGUCCGAAGACUCCGAUGAGGAGCGCCAGGGAAAAGUUCUCAAUGUCUCGGCCGCAAUGAACCAUUCACGCCAUAAGCUAGGCCUUAGCGAUCAAGAACUAGGAAUCAACAUCCUUAUUCGCGGCAAACUCAUCCACGACUAUGAUGUCCGCGGUAAGAAAGGGAGGGAGACUAUGUUCCCGUUUGUGGCCAAGCGCCGACGCGCCGACGAUUUUGGAGAUGUUAUUCGCCCGGAAGAUUAUAUACGGCAAGAAGAGAAGGACGAAGUCAACGGAGAAGCUCAACGCGACGGGGAGCCCAAGAAAGAGAACGCGCUUGGCCAGAAGCGUAAGUGGGAUGACGUAGGCACCAAGUCUGGACUGAACGGCCAUCGAACCUCCAACGGCGUCAACAAGCGGCGGAAGAAGAAUGAAGACCAGCCGAAGGAGCAGCGCGAUGCCGCCAGCAAUGGCACGGAAGUCAGCGACAAUGAAGAUUUCGAGUCUUCGGACGAAGAAGGCGACGUCAAAACUGCGGAAGGGCCCUUAAAGGUCACGAUCACGAAACAAAUCAUGACUUUUGAGUGCAAGAUUGGCUACAUAGAUUUCGCCGGCCUACAUGACAAGCGGAGUUUGCAAAUGCUAAUACCACUGAUACGACCUCGCAAAUUGAUCUUGGUUGCUGGUGAGAAGGAGGAGACCCUUGCGCUGGCCGCCGACUGUCGCAAGUUACUGAGCCCAGGAUCAGAAACUACCUCCGAGAGCAGCUUCGAGGUACUCACACCUGCCAUAGGAACAACCGUGGACGCCAGUGUGGACACGAAUGCUUGGACGCUGAAGUUGAGUCAUCAUCUCGCCCGACGGCUGCAUUGGCAGAACGUCAGAGGCUUAGGCGUUGUUGCCAUCACCGGUCUGCUGGAGUCCGAGUCGGCAGAGGAUGAAGCACUGCAGAAGAACGCCAAGAAAAAACAGAAGAUGACUACAGGGGAAAAGGAGGACUCAGAGAGCAGCACGCCCAUCCUCGAUGUUGUUCCCGCAAGCAUGGCAGGAGCCACGCGAUCGGUCGCACAGCCACUUCACGUGGGUGAUCUCCGACUGGCCGAUCUGCGCAAACUCAUGCAAGCCUCUGGGCUUACUGCAGAGUUCAGGGGUGAAGGCACGUUACUUGUCAACGGUAUGGUUGCGGUGAGGAAGACCGGCACGGGCAAGAUCGAGGUCGAUGGUGGAGGCGUGAGUGUUCUCGGGUCUAACCAGACUGAUGGGACGUUCAACAAGGUGAAGAGGAAGAUCUAUGAAGGCCUUGCUGUUGUUGCUGGAGGUUGA